ACAUUAUUAUCUUAGUGCGAAAAUGACGGUUGAUAGAUGAGUCACAGCAUACACACGAUUACUUACUACUGCCAUAUUAUUUUCCUAGAAAAUUUUGACAUUUUCCUAGAAAAUCUUCUCUAAUGGCAAAUCCUCAUAAAUUCGUGUUUCUGCUCUUGAUCUCAUUAAUCUUCCAUAAGUCUAGCUCUUAUCCAGGUUCUCCUACCUCCAUCAUUGACCCUUCGAAAGUCAAACAAGUUUCAUGGAAGCCAAGGGCAUUUGUGUACGAAGGUUUUCUUACGGAUUUAGAAUGCGAUCAUCUUAUCUCUUUGGCAAAGUCGGAGCUGAAGAGAUCUGCAGUGGCGGAUAAUGAGAGUGGAAAGAGUAAACUUAGCGAAGUUAGAACAAGCUCCGGGAUGUUUAUUGCUAAAGGAAAGGAUCCAAUCAUUGCAGGCAUUGAGGAGAAAAUCUCAACAUGGACCUUUCUCCCAAAAGAAAAUGGGGAAGACCUUCAAGUUUUGAGAUAUGAACAUGGACAGAAGUACGAUCCCCAUUAUGAUUACUUUGCUGACAAGAUUAAUAUUGCCCGUGGUGGACACCGCAUGGCAACUGUGCUCAUGUAUCUUUCUGAUGUGGUAAAAGGCGGGGAAACUGUGUUCCCCAAUGCGGAGGAACCUCCCCGCCAUAAAGCUACUGAAAGUCAUGAAGACCUUUCUGAAUGUGCUAAGAAAGGAAUUUCUGUGAAACCACGGAGAGGUGAUGCCCUUCUUUUCUUUAGUCUCCAUCCGACUGCCAUUCCAGAUCCAAACAGUCUCCAUGCUGGAUGCCCAGUGAUUGAAGGGGAGAAAUGGUCUGCCACGAAGUGGAUUCAUGUGGAUUCAUUUGACAAGAACAUAGAAGCUGGUGGGAACUGCACAGAUAAGAAUGAGAGCUGUGAGAGGUGGGCUGCCCUUGGAGAAUGCACCAACAACCCUGAGUACAUGGUAGGAUCUCCAGAACUUCCUGGAUAUUGUAGGAGGAGUUGCAAGGUCUGUUAGCCUAUUUUUAUAUGCUUUCCACGCUGAAAAUCUUUGUAGGUUUACCUUACACACUGCACUAUUGAUCUUUUUAAUGGAUUGUAUUUAUUUAAUUAUGCUUUCUAAAAUCACAAUCCUAUAGACAAUUUCGAGCUGUGUAUUUUGUAUCCAAACCGAGUUAUAAUUAUUUUUUAAUGGUUUGAAGUCGGUGUUGAUUCC